CCUGGAUAAAUUUUCAGUGGUUGUGAAGUUGUGUUCUAUCAAUAUUUUGAUAGUCAUCGAUCGCAGGAGUUUGUCUUUGCUGGCUCGAGGCAAAUGCCUGACGAUGGCGGGCGAGACAUCCGCUGCCAUUCGUCAGUCGCUGAUAGAAUGCCUGGGUGGCAUAUUGUCACCAUCACAGGAGAUCAGGAACGCAGCCGAGGAGCAAUUAAAAAUGCUUGAGACCACAGAUGAGUUUGGUGUAUAUUUAACGGAAUUUACUAUCAGCCCGGAGAGUGAUUUAUCUGGAAGACAGCUUGCCUCUGUCCUGCUCAAGCAAUAUGUUGAAGCGCACUGGUGUUCGGGACAAGACAAGUUCCGGCCGCCUGUCACGCCACCGCAGGCCAAGGCAGUCAUUCGUCAAAUGCUACCGGACGGUUUGGCCGACCCAUCCAGCAAAGUUCGAAACAGCGUGGCGUAUGCCCUCUCCAAGAUUGCUAGCAUUGACUUUCCCGAUGACUGGCCAAACCUGUUUGACUGGCUGGUCCGUGCCAUCAGUAGUGGAAAUCCAGACUUGGUGCAUGGCGCAAUGCGUGUGCUUGUCGAGACGGCGAGAGAGCUGGCUGAAGAUCAGCUAGCAGUUGUGACACCAAUUCUUAUUCCCCAUCUCUAUAGUAUCUACUUGGGAGAACAGAAAUUCAACGUGCGCACAAGAGCUCGUGCCAUUGAGAUCUUCACGACGAUGGUACAGACUGUCGAGUACUUCAGUUUGAGGAAUGACUACCGAAAACUAUUGACACCCCAGUUGCCACAGUUUGUCAAGGAUCUGGCGAAGGGUCUAGCGGUGCCAUUGGGACCUGACCAUGAUAUCGGCUUGCAGAAGCAAAUAUUCAAGGCCCUAGGAGCCGUAGUACAGGUUUUUCCGAAAAUGGUACGGCAGCUUUUCCAGGAGAUCAUGCCGCCCCUAUGGCAGGUCUUGACGAACUGUGCCGCCCAUUAUGUUCAAACGGUUGUCAACGGUGACAGUGAACAAGAUGAUGCAGUGGACAGUGAUGGCGAAUCAGUGACCAUGGACACGUUGAUUUACGCGGUGUUCGAAUUCACUGGCUCGCUGGUGCAGCAAGAGUCCUUUCAUCCUCUACUCAUGCCUCACCUGCCGGGCUUCAUCUUUUACUCACUCUACUACAUGCAGAUGACGAAUGAAGAUAUUGAAACGUGGACCAUGGAGAUUAAUACAUACGUAGAGGACGAAGACGAGGAGACGCUGUCAUACUCUGUGCGGCUUGGCGCUAAGGAUCUUCUCAUGCAAAUGCUUGAUCCCGGAUUUGACACACACUUGACGAAAGAUGCUCCCUUUGCUCUCUGGAAAUCAAUUGAGAAACUGUACAGCCAACUAGCUAAGCCAGACCAGGCGGAGGAUCCCAACCGGUGGAAGUACUUUGAAGUGAUCGCCGCGAUUCUGACUAUUCACUCGCCUGACCUGAUGCAGCAUCAGGAGCUUGCUCAGCGGGUCGUGCCACUGCUCGAGAUCAUGAAGGCCAACUUCCAGCUUGGCAAUAGUCCCGACUUCCUCGUCGGCCGGAUAAUGGAAUUCCAGGCAAGUGUGUGCCAGUUCCUGGCCGACGGCAUUGUCACGGCCGCGUUACACCACACGGCGGUGGCCAUCAGCCAGAAGGAACGACCCGUCCUGCAAGUGCACGCCUGCAAGGCCGUAGCGCAGUAUUGCACAACGCUGCGGGCUGUGAAGCGCUCUAAUCUAUUUACACCGUCGGUUGCGUCCCUGGCGACGGCAUUGCUCAGUAUGAUCGAGGGCAGCGGCACCUACAUGCUACAGCUGGGCUUGGAAACGCUGGUGCUGGUUCUGUCCAUGUCGCCGGAAACGACGGCCGCCUGCUGUCACCAGAUCACCGACUUGUCAGUGCAGCUGUUCGUCGCGUUCAGCCAGGACCACGUGCUCGUUGACACUGUUAAGGAUUUGAUUGGACUCAUGGCGGAGAACCCGGCGUGCAUACAGGUGCUGCACACGAACGCGCUGCCCGUGCUGACGCGCAUCCUCUCCUCCGAAGUCCAGCCCAUGCUGAUGGCGGCCACUCUAGACUUGCUUGGCCCUAUCGUGCGGCACACACCUGCACCGUUGCCCGACGCGCUGAUACGCGAGUGCGUGCAUAUCGGCAUGCUCAUCAUUAACACGGACGACGAAAGCAUCAUGCACAACGGAAGUGAGUGCUUGAGAGCGUUUGCCAGCGCAGCCGGGGAACAGCUGGCCACCUGGCCUCCGAACGAGAGUCCCAAGGCGCUGGACGUGAUUGUGUUGGCCACUUGUCAGUUGCUGCAUCCAAGCCGUCCGGAAAACUCCGCCAUGUUUGUCGGGCGGCUUGUGUGCAUACUCUCUCUUAAGCUGCGGGACCAUCUCACGCCCAAGCUCAACGACAUACUGCGGUCCGUUCUCGGCAAACUCCAGCAAGUACAGAAAGACAUUAAUGUACAGUCCCUUAUAACCGUCUUUGCUCGACUGCUGGAAUUCCAUCUAACGGACGUCGUGUCCUUCCUGAGCAACACUUGCGGACCGGACGGCAAGUCGGCACUACAGUUUGUGCUCACCCGCUGGUGUGCGUCGCAGAGCCACUUCUUCUCCGCCUACGAGAAAACCGUGUGUGUGUUUGGCCUGUGCCAUUUAUUGCGCUAUGGCCUCAACUCUGGUGAUCAGCGGUUGCAGGAACUCACAGUCCCUGGUGAUGAGAUAUUUAGCGCCGAUGAAGGCAUUCGGACGAGAUCGAAAACGAAAUCAGUACCGCGACAGGUGACGAUCAUCCCUGUCCUGGUCAAGAUCUUCAAGCUCCUCCUCAAUGAAAUGACGUAUCAGUUUGAGCUGAACAAGCGGACAGCUGGUGCGAAGAUGAUUGCAGCGUCCAAUCAAGCUUUGGGGCGGCAAGGCGGUGCAGAGGGCGACGUUGCUGAUGAUGACGACGGCGAUGAAGGUGAUGAUUGGGCUGACUGUGAUGAUGGAGACGAUGGUGACUUGGCCAACGGUCUAGAUUCUCUCUUGGGUGGCCUUGGCGGAGUAAUGGACGACCUGGACGGUCCGAGAGAUCUAGACCUGCAACAGGAUACUGUCAUGCAUGUUGAUCUGCCAAUCUUCCUGGUUGACUUCUUGCUUGACAUUGGGCAGCAGCCUUGCUUGCCAGCUCUGCAAGCCCAUCUGUCCAAGGACGAACACGCCACGCUGGAGAUGAUACUGCAGUCCGGUGAAAAGGUGCAGGUGUUGAAGCAGAGCCGCGCCACUGCCUAUCGUCCAGCUCAGCAGUAACGCGGAAAAGCCUUACUACCGGCUUUGAGUGACUGUACCACUAUGCUCGUGGAUGUGCUGGGGCCACUUGCUCUCCUGCGUGUAUUCCGUGCAGCGAUGGCACCAUUCACAGGAUGAGCUUAUUCGACCACGGCAUUCACUGCCGAUCUAACCCCACCUGGAAUCUAGUUAGCGGCUGGCCAGCCACGUCUUUGUGAUGGUCUGUUGAAUGACACACCAGUGCUCGGGUCUGCAUCGCUUGAGAGAGCAAUUCUGUUUUGCUCGGUGCCCGUGCAGAUCCGCUAGCGUGAGCCUGCUGUUGCCCUCUGAAAACUUGUAUCAUAGUUCAUGGUUGUGUGUGCAUGCAUGCAUGCUCGCAUUUGUCUUUCCUGUGUCCAUAUGCCUAGUUACGUCGACUUGUACAUACUUUUGUUCGCAUCCCCUCUCGGGAAGCCGUUUUUCAUCUACUUCGUCAAUUUUAUCGGUCGUUUUUAAUCGUUUUUUUUGUUUUUUUUGUUGCUAUCAUUACCAUUAGCCAUAUCUACCGUGUAUGUAGUCGUAUGGUCAUAUUGCACAUACCUUUUUCCGUGUAUUGUGUCUUUUGCCCGCGUUCUCCGUUCCCUCGACCAUCAGUGUUAAUUUUUGUGGAAUGGUUUCCAUUUUUGUUCAUUGGUCUCUACCUGUACAUACGAAAUGUAAAUUUUUGGCCGCCCGAAACCGACGCAUGAAAUUUGUCAUGAAAUUUUUUUAGCGACGCCAUUGUGUAUUAGCCUUGUUAUUGCCCCUGUACAUGUGCAAUCAGUAGUAUUUUUGCUAUAAAUAUUUUCAAUUGACGUAAACAGCAUUUCUGUUUAUCUCUUUUUUUUACUAGUAAACGUUAUCACUGUACGUUAUCACUGUACGUUAUCUGCUGCCGUGCUUGUGAAUGAUGCCGUAACUAUUUAAAAGUUUAAAUGGA